GCCGCGCGGGAGCUGCGCGCCCGUCUUCAGUGGCCGCGCGUCGACCGCACUGCGCGCGCGUGUUUUGUUUUGCUCGCCGUGGUGCAUCCAAGUGCUUUCAGCGUCGCGAGUGCGUGUGCAAAUUCGUCACGUUGACGGCGUGCUCGCUCCUACGCCGAAGCCAGCGACGCGCGUUGCACCCUCCGAUGCGCCAAGAGUCACUGUCGAUCUCGCGAUCAUCAUGAGCGACGAGGCCGUGUUAUCACCCCAGAGAAGGAGGCGAAGACUGGAGGAAGAAUGCCGUACGAAUUAGCGAAGGACAACGAGGAGUGCCGGUGAGAAGGGUGGAGGAAAGACGAGUUGAGCUUUCUUCUUCCGCAAGACAGCACGAGGCAAUGUCGUAGUGCCCUUCCGCGCGAGUGCGGGAGUGCGCGAGAUAGUGAGAGCGAGAGAGAGAGAGAGAGAGAGAGAGAGAGAGGGAGGAAGAGCAAGAGGUUCGAGUGAGAGAAACGGCUGGUUGGGCGCACAAUGGCGCUUCUCUUCGCCGUCAUCGUCAUUAUGGUCACCACUGCCAUGUCUCUGCCGCCGGUCAUUAGGAUUGGUGCGAUUUUUACCGAAGACCAAAAGGACAGUCCGUCGGAGUUGGCGUUCAAGUAUGCCGUCUACAAGAUCAACAAGGAAAAGGUCCUCUUACCCAACACCACGAUGGUCUACGAUAUCCAGUACGUGCCUAAAGACGACUCAUUUCGGACGUCGAAAAAAGCCUGCAAGCAAAUGUCACGCUCGGUGCAAGGAAUCUUCGGGCCAGCGGAUCCUCUGCUAGGUGCCCACGUGCAGAGUAUCUGCGAGGCCUUGGACGUGCCGCACUUGGAAGCACGUGUCGACUUCGAGCCCAGCUUCAAAGAGUUCAGUAUCAAUCUUUAUCCAGCGCAAGAUCACCUGAAUCGAGCCUUUCGCGACCUCAUGUCUUUCCUCAACUGGACCAAGGUCGCUAUCAUCUACGAGGAGGACUACGGGCUAUUCAAGCUGCAAGAUUUAGUGAAAUCGCCGCCUUCGCCGAAAACGGAGAUGUAUAUUCGCCAGGCUGGUCCUGGCUCGUAUAGACAAAUACUUAAGGAAGUUCGACACAAAGAAAUUUACAAACUCAUCAUUGAUACGAAUCCCACGUACAUGCAACAAUUCUUUAGAGCGAUAUUGCAACUGCAAAUGAACGAUUACAGAUAUCACUAUAUGUUCACAAGUUUUGACAUUGAAACGUUCGAUCUGGAAGACUUCAAAUACAAUAGCGUAAACAUGACUGCCUUCCGGUUAGUUGAUCUGGACGAGGCGACGGUGGCGGACACGCUCAAACACAUGGAACGUUUCCAACCGAUCGGUCACACUAUUCUCAACAGAUCGGGAAUCAUACAGGCGGAGCCGGCAUUGGUGUACGACAGCGUCCAGGUAUUUGCACAUGGAUUGGCAGCAUUGGACCGUAGUCACGUGCUUAGACCCGCCAAUCUGUCGUGUGAUAGAGAGGAACCCUGGGACGACGGCCUAUCGUUAUACAACUAUAUCAAUUCGGCAAGCCUGCAGGGUCUGACCGGCCACAUAGAGUUCAACGAAGGUAAACGCACCAACUUUAAACUGGAUCUGCUUAAGCUCAAGAAAGAGGAACUCAUCAAAGUUGGCGAGUGGAGGCUCGGCAGUGGUGUCAACAUCUCGGAUGUUGGUGCUUUCUACGAGAGUAGUGCUACUAACAUCACCCUUGUCGUUAUGACACGCGAGGAAAAGCCGUACGUGAUGGUGAAGGAAGACAAGAAUCUCACGGGCAAUGCGAGAUUCGAGGGUUUUUGCGUGGACUUGCUGAAGUGGAUAGCCGGCCAAGUUGGAUUCCAGUACGCGAUACGCCUCGUACCCGAUCACAUGUACGGCGUGUACGAUCCCGAGACCAAGGAAUGGAACGGCAUCGUUCGCGAGCUCAUGGAGAAAAGGGCAGACUUGGCAGUGGCAUCUAUGACGAUCAAUUAUGCCCGCGAGAGCGUGAUAGACUUCACCAAGCCCUUCAUGAAUCUCGGCAUUGGCAUCCUCUUUAAGGUGCCGUCGAGUCAACCAACUCGUCUGUUCUCCUUCAUGAAUCCCCUGGCCGUGGAGAUUUGGCUGUACGUACUUGCCGCCUAUAUGCUCGUCAGCUUUACUCUCUUCGUCAUGGCCAGAUUUUCGCCCUACGAGUGGAACAACCCACACCCGUGCCUCGGCGAGACUAAUGUCGUGGAAAAUCAAUUUACCAUCAGCAACAGCUUCUGGUUCAUCACUGGUACUUUUCUCAGACAAGGCAGCGGAUUGAACCCCAAGGUGUCGAAUAGCAUGCCAUCGCGUCUGUUCUCGUUCAUGAAUCCAUUGGCCGUGGAAAUCUGGUUGUCGAUGUUGGGUGCCUACGUGAUAGUCUCGCUGACGAUUUGGCUGGUGGCACGAUUCUCGCCGUACGAGUGGGCCGAGCCGGCCCCGUGUCCAAGCUGCAAGUGCCCCCUCCAGGGUGGAUUUGUCGGCUCAUUGGAUCCGGAUUCCGAGGACUUGCCGCUACCGCAGAUGGUCAACGACUUCACACUGGCCAACAGCUUCUGGUUCACGGUCGGCACUCUCAUGCAACAGGGCAGCGACCUCAACCCAAAGGCGACGAGCACAAGAAUCGUCGGCGGUAUAUGGUGGUUCUUCACUCUUAUCAUCAUCUCGUCGUACACGGCGAACCUCGCGGCUUUUCUUACGGUCGAGCGAAUGAUCACGCCGAUCGAGAACGCAGCCGAUCUCGCCGAUCAGACUGACAUACCCUACGGUACACUGGAGGGCGGCAGCACCAUGACCUUUUUCAGGGACUCGAAAAUAGCGCUGUACCAAAAGAUGUGGAGGUUCAUGGAGUCAAAGCAACCGUCGGUGUUUGUGUCCUCGUACGAAGAGGGCAUCAAACGGGUGCUCGAGGGCAAUUACGCGUUUCUGAUGGAAUCCACGAUGCUGGACUACGCGGUACAGAGGGACUGCAAUCUCACGAAAAUAGGCGGCCUACUGGACAGCAAAGGAUACGGCAUUGCAACGCCCAAGGGUUCGCCGUGGCGCGAUAAAAUAUCCCUGGCGAUUCUGGAGCUGCAGGAGAAGGGUGUGAUUCAGAUUCUUUACGAUAAGUGGUGGAAGAACACUGGAGACGUGUGCAACAGAGACGAGAAGAGCAAAGAGAGCAAGGCGAACGCUCUCGGUGUCGAAAACAUCGGUGGAGUGUUCGUGGUACUGCUGUGCGGCCUGGCCCUGGCGAUUCUGGUAGCCAUUCUAGAAUUCUGCUGGAACUCAAAGAAGAACGCCCAAUCGGAUCGGUCGUUGUGCGCGGAGAUGGCCUCGGAGUUGCGUUUCGCAAUCCAGUGUGGCUCACGCCAGCGCAAGCUCCGCAACGCCGGGUCGAGCUCGUCGGCUGGGGCGAUCGCUUGCAGCCGCUGCAGCUCGCGCUCGUCGAUGCGGCGAAGCGUCCGGUACAGGGAUCCAUCGCAGCGCCGCGAGACCAGCCGUGAGCGACGCGCCAGGGAGUUGCUGCAACACCAACAGCAACACCAUCAACCAGCGCACGAAGAGACCACUUACGUGCCAAGCAUCGACAUUCCUUGGCUAAAUGCAGGAGGUUGGUGCGGUGGCGAUGACGGAGAUGAAGAAAUCAUUGAGCUACGAGCGAGUGACACUAGACGAGUGCAGCUUGGGGAGCGGAGUGCUGGGUGUGGUAGACGGGAACAUUACCUAGCAUCGGCCGCAGACUUGCCAGCAGCAUCAGCAGCAGCAGCAGCAGCAACAGCAGCAGCAACAACAAGCGAGCUGCAGCAGCAACAACAGCAACAGCAGCAGCAACAGCAGCAGUUGCAGCAACGCGCACAUUCGAUCCCAGCAUCACAUGCAUUGCCGACAUCACUCGCACUCAUUCCACACUCUCGCUCAUUCGCACAAACGCCAGACAGCGUCGACGAAACUGAGACGAGUCUCUUCCGGCAUCGCCUUGGCUCAAGGAGGUGACCAUUCUGAAAGCGUAAUGUGGAGGUUAGACUGCGAGCUCGCGGGUGAGCCGGACGUGGUGAUAUCACCGGCGCCACCACCACCGCCACCACCACCACCACCACCGCCAAUAUCGCGCACCACCACCCUCUG